AUGCAGCCGUUCAGUAUCCCCGUUCAGAUUACACUCCAGGGUGGCCGGAGGCGCCAGGGGAGGACAGCCUUUUCUGCCUCAGGCAGAAAUAGAAAUAUAGACCACGAUGAUGGAGACUUACCAGAUGUGCACAAGAAGCUGCCAUCCAGUGCUGGAGAGGACCGAGCCUUGCUGCUGGGCUUUGCAAUGAUGGGCUUCUCAGUCCUCAUGUUCUUCUUGUUUGGAAUUACCAUCCUAAAGCCUUUCAUGCUCAGCAUUCAGAGAGAAGAGUCGAACUGUACUACCAUCCACACUCAUAUCACGGACGACUGGAUGGACUGCGCUUUCCCCUGUGGUGUAGGCUGCCAAGGCCGGGGCGAGUACCCAUGUCUUCAGGUGUUUGUGAACGUCACCCAUUCAGGUCAGAAAGCUCUCCUACAUUAUAAUGAAGAGGCUGUCCAGAUAAAUUCCAAGCGUGAUGUUACAGACUGCAAAGUUAAAAGAAAAGCAGACAUUGACAGUUUCUGA